GUCGAAACACCGAUCGAAACCCAGCUACAAAAUCAUCAAAUAGAACCCCUCAAAAACCUCAAUUUCCUUAUCCAGCCCUCUCCAGUUCUCCCUCCUCCUCCUCUAUUUUUGCCCUAAUUUGAGACCCACCGUCUUGAUUUGCGAUCGAUAGAUGAUGGAGGCGAAUCGCCCGUCGACGGCGGAGGAGGAGGCGCUGAAGAAAAACACGGAUUGCAUCUACUUCCUCGCUUCUCCGUUCACUUGCAAAAAGGGAAAUGAAUGCGAGUUUCGUCAUAGCGAAGGUGCUAGGGUUAAUCCCAGGGAUUGCUGGUACUGGUUGAAUGGCAACUGCCUGAAUCCAAAAUGUGCAUUUCGGCAUCCGCCGCUUGAUGGUCUAUAUGGAAUUCCUGCGCCUCCAGGAUCAUUACCAUCUUCCUUGCAGGCUGUGGUCAAUGUUCCUGGUGCUUAUAACACAAAUAAGCAAAGUGUUCCCUGCAUAUUUUUCCAGAGGGGGCAGUGCUUAAAAGGGGAUAUGUGCUCUUUCAUGCAUGGACCUCAUCCAGCAAGCAACCGUGUCACAGAUCAGUCGACAAAUGGACCUCAUCAAGCUGCCAAUAGUGAUCCACAUCAAUUGACAAAUGGGUCUCAUCUUGUUGGGAACAAUGUUGUCCAGCAGGCAGCAAAGGUUUCCCCAUCUCUUACUGGAACUUCACAAAUGAUCUCAUGGGGCCUCAAAGAGUGUAAUGCUUCUAAGAAAGCUGAAGGUCCUGUCAAGGGUCAGCUUCGUAAUAGAAGUCUUUCACCUUACCCAGUAGAUUACGAGCGUCCCAGAUUUCAGCCAACCAUCGCUCCUGUCAGCAGUGAAAAUAGUCCAACUAUGUCGAGUCAUCAUCCACUUCAGCCUGCUGAAGGUCAUUAUUCAAAUGGUAGAGAGGCUGAUGACUUAUUGGGCGAGUCUUCUCCAGGCUUUGAUGUUCUUGUGGAUGAUGAAGAGGACUACUUAAGGGAUUCUGAGUAUUAUCACAAUGAACAAUCUAUAAAUGAUUUUGACUACCAGCAACCUGAUUACGAGCAUGUUCCCAGUUUUCAGAGAGAUCAAUACAAUGGCAAGGGUGAACAUGAUCGGGAUUAUCAUAGGGUUUCCUCUGAAUGGGCAAUGGAGAGGAUAUCCAAUCGUAGGCCAAUGCACAGAGAGUCAAGCCCUGAUGAGAUCGAGGGUCUAGAUUUGCGUCAUCGGUUAUUGAAAAAGAGGAGAGUAAGCGGCCUAAGAUCCACUAUCGGCACUGUGCAUCAUAGUGAGACUCGUAAUAGAGAUGAUCACCUUGUUGAUGAUAGGUAUCGUGGCCGUUCUUCUGGUAGGGGCCGGGACCAAUUGAGUUCCUUUAGCUCUCGAUUUCAAGGUAGAAUUACACUUCCUCCAAGGUCUCCACCUAUUCAGUCUUUUGACUCACAUUCUGAUAGAGAUAGAAGGAGAAUGCAUGGCAGAUCAUCUCCAUCCAGAAAAAUAAACUACAAGGGGAGGCCCCAUGACAGAAUAAAGCGAACACCAAAUGAGGAAUCCAGCGGAAAUGGGAGAAGAUUUAGAUAUCGACCGGAGAGGAGAGAUGAUGGAAACCCUUUAAGCUUUGCUGGUCCAAAGAGUCUGGCAGAGUUAAAAGGUGCAAUGGUUUCUGGAACUUCCCGGGAGCAGGCAGCCAAGAGCAUGAAUGCACCCCUUUCAGCCGGCUAUCAAGCAUCUGAAGAUUCACUUUCUUUCGAAGGGCCCAAGCCAUUGAGUGAUAUUUUGAAGAGGAAACGACAGAAUACACCUGAGAAUGAAAUUAAUGGGAGAAUCGCUGAAGAAAGGGACUAUAAUGGCGAUAGGAAUGAACUUAAUGGGAGAAAGGCUGAAGAAAGUGACUAUAAUGACAAUAGCGCUGAAAACCCUGAAACUCAAAUAAUUGAAGAGGAGAAAGAAGACAGAGAGUCUCAAUACAAGGAAAUAGGGGGUGAAGACUUGAACAUGGAAGAUGAAGACAAUGCAUAUCCUGAAGACGAGGAUAAGUAUCAUGGUGAUGAGACUGCGUAUCAGGAGGAUGAAGAUGAUGAAGACGAAUUUGCCAAGAAGGUUGGUGCCUUCUUCUCAUAAAGGUAGAUGCACGUGCGAGACAAUGUCACGAAGAAGAUUUGUGUUGUAUUGUUCACUUAUUUUUGUGGAUACCAAUUUUGAGGGGAUUUCAGCGUCACUGUAAUUGAGAAUCUUUAUAGGGAGUGAUUUGGAUAGAGAAGAGGAUGGGGGUUAGGUUUUUGUUAGAAGGUUGAUCUGUAUGAGUUUUUAUUUUGUGGCUCUGCAGUUCUGGAAACUGGCUUCUCCGAGAGAGCUUAGGUUGUAUUAACAGUUGAGAUAUUUAUUUGUUGUACUCAAAAGUUACAAGGUUGUGAAUUUCCCUUGGUGGUUACCCCCACAAA